CAAUAAUCGGAGCCGGACAGAAUAUCCGUCCUCGCCCGUCAGGCUCCAGGAUUCGGCUUGACGGGUCUCCAAGCUUGUCCAACGACACUGCCGUGGGUGUACGUAGUUUCCGCCAACAUCCCUAACGACCAAGCCUUACGUCCGGAGUUACAACGACUAGCUUCCACCACUUCUUAAUCACACUAUUACCCUCUCACAUCUCCUCAACCGUGGCUUGCUCGAUAAUUUUGGGACCUCUUCGACCUUGACGUACUGGAACUACAGCAUCCUUGAAUUUGGCCGCUGACCACGUCUCGACUUCUGGAUACCUCCGUACGAUGAACGCCAAUAUGCCAUACGUGUUCCAAUACAGCAUGCCUCGGAGUCCGCAUACAGUCCCGAGCCAGCAUUCUACGAUGUCCGGUUCCGGCAUACGCUACUUGACACCGGACAUAGGAUGGGCCGCUGAUGGAUUGACUGGCAAGUGCUUGGUGCAGAAACACCCUUUUACAGCAUCCGCUUGCGGUGGUGCUGUUAGCCGUCAAGGCAACACAUCGGGGAGUUAGUGAAGCCACAUCGAAACAUGUGCUGUGUGCGGCCAGCCCACGCUAUGGUGGUCGGGUGAGGUCGGAAUCCAUCCGAUGUUCUUUUGUUGGAUGCUUCUGGUAUAUAUAUCCAUCUUCAACGUCUAUCAUGAGGACGUCGACAUCGAUUCCUCAGACGUUGAGAUUGUCGUGCAAGAAGCGAGGAGUGCCUGCGACUCUUGAAAUGCCUCUGGACGAUUUCCGAGACUUCUCACCAGCGGCGUUGACAACCUGGUCCCUCGCCUGACCUACAAGCUGCUGGUAAGACAGCCUACCGGGACCAUCCGAGCUGUCGUGGUGUGCGAACACCGGAGCAUCCGGGACUAUUUCCCGCACGACACGUCCGAUCGUUUUCGAGGCGUGCUGGUGCUAAUGGUAUUGUCCUCCGCAUGUUCUGCAUCAUUUUACAUCAUGUCAUCGAACUCCUUCUUCCUGACCGAGAAACGGUUUGUCGUCGAAGCUGGCCACAAGGUCAUGAGACAAGAAAGGAGAUUGGCCAGUCAAUAAAUCCGGCAAAACAGACCAGACAACAGACGAACAACCUUCAUCGCUCAAGUCGCUGUUCUCUCGUCCACCAUCGUGGAGUUGGUUCAACGUCUGGCAGUCCUUCUUUGGUUUUAUGCUGCUCUUUUCCCCGUCGCCUGCAACGGGGUUUUGAAGCCACUUUGGGGAACCCAAAUUCAGAGCUAUUCAGACGCUGUUCUGUUGAGGCUCAUGCAACACCACCAAGAGAAUUCAGCAGGAGCCUUGGUGCCAGUGGGAGGGGCCAUAUCAGUUCAAACUCUCCAUCCACUAUACAGUUCUUCGACAACAUAUCAGUCCACAGUCUGAAGCCAGUGCCACGUGUCGUUGACAAGUUGUGGUGGUUUGCUGACAGAUGUUAGCGAUCCUAACGCGUAAUUCGCUAAGUGGGUAGGUCGCCAUCCAAUCUCCAUACCAGAAAGCGGCCUUCCAUAUAUCGGAAUGGAGUUCGAACAAGCUUCGGCCUCCUAUAGAGAGGCCAUGUUUGGCGUCCUGAGGGACUGUACAACGUGUCCGGAAGCCCCCAAAAUCGUUCAAGUCAACAAUUUCUACACUUUCUGAACACAAACCUUUACCUGAAGAGACGCCUGCCCAUGUGGUACUUCGCACAACAUCGAAGAUUCUAUUACGAGAUUUGAUACGCAUUUGGCAGCUAUCCUCUUGCCUUAUAUCCUCUCCCAAAUCCCCCCUCCAUCUUCUCAUCUUUCAGCUCGAAUCAACAGAUCCAAUCACAAAUCGCUACCAGGAAAAUGAAAUACAAAGAAUGAUUGUUGGUCAUACAGCUCUCUCCCACAACGACGAAGAUGGCUAUCCGAAAUUCCCGGUCCGGCCCCAAAUAUGGGAGAUCAGAAACGACGUCGAACCUACAAUGCAGACUGGCCUUUCAACUUUUUCUGGGCCUUGGAAGCAUCGCCCGCAUCGAGCCUGUGUUGGUUUGUGCGGUACUCACAGGACUAGGCCUAGCCGUGCCCGGCGCUCUUCGAGAAAAAGCAGCGAACAGUAAGCAUAUUCAGCCAAAGAAAAUCCUCAGAUACUAGGAACCCUUGAUUUCCUCGCAACUAUGCUUCCAAGGCAUGGGCACCGACAGCAUUGCUACUGAUCCAUUCAUGGGGUCACUGUGCCGCGCAAAGAGCAGAGAAGCACAUGGUGGCCAAAUGUCCAGAACCAAGAGAAGCAUGCCACCAAACAACUUGAAGCUUACCAAAGAACGGCCUCGAGACUAAAACGAAGACGGGAACCAUUAAGAAGACAAACCGGUCAUCAAUAGAUGACAGCUGGUUGUUCCGACAAUCGUUGAUGCUCGUGGUCAAAGAAAUUCGAUCAAGUUAGGUAUAAAUCGCUCUGGUAUUCGAAAAAUUGACCUCUCAGGAACAGAUCAGUUUAGACCACAGUUCGACAACUGUCAUCGGUUGCUUAUUGUGGAUAAUCUCUUGCCCACGAUUCGCCUUCGCGACGCGGCUCGAAAGGGCAAAGACAUCUACAAAUGUCUGAUGAAGGACGUCGACAAAGAAGAGAACACCCUCAAAAGAGAACAGAGGCUCACGCAGAGAGCCUACGACGACAUGUUACCCCACGUUACAGAUCAUUUCCUGCUCAUGAGAACAAUGGUGAACCCCACCUGAUGAUUUUGCAGAUAACGGUUUGCAGACUGGAGGAGAGGGGCUGCUGUUUGAGUGUGCUGCUACAGGCAUCUGGAUCUGAGAUCUGUUUGUCUCCUAUGGAGCUGGACUCUGCGGAUAUUGGAACGAGACGUCGACUCUUGACAGCGAGGAAUAUCAGCACCCAUUCUCUUGCAGGACAGUAUUCCAU